CGCGUUCCAACCCCAUCCGUCACCUCCACGUCACCAUAACCUCCUCUUCCCCAUCCCCUUCCCACGCGAGAAGCGUCCCCCUGAUCGGAACCCUAAUCCUCUCUUCCCCCGCCCUCGGAAGUCACCACCGGCAAGGGAAGCGGGAUCGGAGCACCCCCAAUCCGGCAAGAUGGUGCUCGCGCAGCUAGGCGGGAGCAUCUCCCGCGCCCUGGCGCAGAUGAGCAACGCCACGGUGAUCGACGAGAAGGUGCUCAACGACUGCCUCAACGAGAUCUCGCGCGCGCUCCUCCAGUCGGAUGUCCAGUUCAAGAUGGUCCGCGACAUGCAGACCAACAUCAAGCGCAUCGUCAACCUCGAGGCGCUCGCCGCCGGCACCAACAAGCGCCGCAUCAUGCAGCAGGCCGUCUUCACGGAGCUGUGCAACAUGUUGGAUCCCGGGAAGCCUUCCUUCACCCCCAAAAAGGGCAAGCCAAGCGUGGUCAUGUUCGUUGGUCUGCAAGGUUCUGGUAAAACUACCACAUGUACAAAAUAUGCAUAUUAUCAUCAGAGGAAAGGAUUCAAACCAGCACUGGUUUGCGCUGAUACAUUUAGGGCUGGUGCUUUUGAUCAGCUAAAACAAAAUGCAACAAAGGCCAAGAUCCCCUUUUAUGGAAGCUACAUGGAGUCUGAUCCAGUGAAAAUUGCUGUUGAGGGUGUGGAGAGGUUCAAGAAAGAAAAUUGCGAUCUCAUUAUUGUAGAUACAAGUGGAAGGCACAAACAAGAAGCAGCACUUUUUGAGGAAAUGCGGCAAGUUUCAGAAGCAACUAAACCAGACUUGGUAAUAUUUGUGAUGGACAGUAGUAUUGGUCAGGCUGCAUUUGAUCAGGCACAAGCAUUUAAACAAAGUGUUUCUGUUGGUGCUGUGAUUAUUACAAAAAUGGAUGGUCAUGCGAAAGGAGGUGGCGCUCUUAGCGCGGUUGCAGCAACGAAAAGUCCCGUUAUAUUUAUUGGAACUGGAGAACACAUUGAUGAGUUUGAAGUUUUUGAUGUGAAGCCAUUUGUUAGUCGCCUGUUAGGUAUGGGAGACUGGUCAGGCUUUAUGGACAAGAUUCAUGAAGUGGUACCUACCGAUCAACAACCUGAACUUCUGCAGAAACUGUCUGAAGGAAGCUUUACUCUCAGGCUUAUGUAUGAGCAGUUCCAGAACAUUUUGAAAAUGGGUCCUAUUGGCCAGGUAUUCUCUAUGUUGCCCGGGUUUAGCUCUGAAUUGAUGCCAAAAGGGCAUGAGAAGGAAAGUCAGGCUAAGAUUAAGCGGUACAUGACGAUGAUGGAUUCCAUGACAGAUGCUGAGCUUGACAGCACAAAUCCAAAGCUAAUGACCGAGUCACGGAUUAUUCGGAUUGCCCGGGGUUCUGGCCGGCCUGUCAGGGAUGUCAUGGACAUGCUAGAAGAGUACAAGCGGCUUGCUAAAAUCUGGGGCAAGAUGAAGGGGCUCAAGAUCCCAAAGAAAGGAGAGAUGAGUGCACUGUCCCGCAACAUGAAUGUUCAGCACAUGAGCAAGGUCCUUCCGCCGCAGAUGCUGAAGCAGAUUGGUGGCAUGGGUGGUCUGCAGUCACUGAUGAAACAGAUGGGAUCAAAGGAGAUGGGAGGAAUGUUCGGAGGCAUGGGUGGUGACCGGUAAUUUCACAGAAACAACGAUCACAAUCAUCAGAAGUCUUGUUUCAGGUCGAUCAACAGGAUGCAAAAUCGAGGCCUUUGUUGGGCCGUAGUGCUACGGUUGAGAUCGUCGUCAGAGUUUUACAAGAGGAUUCGCGUGCGCCUUGUUAAAAAAUGUUUGAUUCGCACACAGGGUUACUGUAGCUCCCUUCUUACACCUGAAAAUUUAAUUUAUGUACUUAUGUUGGCCCCGGUAGAUUGGAAAAGGUAUAUUUUGACAAAAUGAAGAUGGUUGUGUAGUUUGCGAAA